CACCUUUCAAAGAUUCGCCUCUUAAAUAAUUCAACCCAACCCAACAUAACAUUAAGUCGUCAAUCUAUAUUGAUUCUUACGAAAUAUUACCAACUCAUCAUCAGCCUAACCUACCACAAUCAAUUUACUUCCGCUAUAGCCUCAACCAACUAAAAUGGACCGGUUGAACAGGAUGCUCGCCGGUGCCAGCGGCAUGGGACUCGGUGCCGCCCCCGGAACAGAUAACCAGAACCUAAUCGACAACUCCGAGACCGUAUACAUUUCUUCCCUUGCGCUACUCAAGAUGUUACGACACGGACGAGCAGGUGUGCCUAUGGAAGUCAUGGGACUUAUGCUAGGAGAGUUCGUCGACGACUUCACAGUACGAGUGGUGGACGUCUUCGCCAUGCCUCAGAGCGGUACCGGUGUCAGUGUCGAAGCUGUCGACCCGGUAUUCCAGCAGAAGAUGAUGGACAUGUUGACGCAAACGGGACGACCUGAGUCGGUCGUUGGAUGGUACCACUCUCACCCCGGAUUUGGAUGCUGGCUUUCCACAGUCGAUAUCAACACCCAACAGAGCUUCGAACAGCUAACACCGAGAGCCGUCGCUGUCGUCAUCGACCCCAUACAGUCAGUCAAGGGAAAGGUCGUUAUCGAUGCUUUCCGUCUCAUCAACCCUCAAUCUCUGAUGCUCGGACAAGAACCGAGACAGAGCACUUCCAACCUGGGUCACCUCAAUAAGCCCUCUAUCCAAGCGCUUAUUCACGGACUCAACCGCCACUACUACUCCAUAGGCAUCAACUACCGCAAGACUGCGCUAGAGGAGAACAUGCUCAUGAAUCUACACAAGCACGUAUGGACUGAGGCGUUAGAGAUGGAGGACUUCAGACACGAGGACGAGCAGAACAAAGAACGUUUCAAGACGUUGGUGUCGCUCGCCGAGGGCUACGAGAAGAGAGUUAAGGAGGAGACGGAGUUAACUAAGGAGCAGCUUAAGACGCGCUACGUCGGCAAGCUGGAUCCCAAGAAGCAUCUGGAGGAUGUUGGACAGAAGCUGAUCGAGGACAACAUCGUUUCCGUGUCGAGGCAGAUGAUCGAUAAAGAGGCGACCAUGCCCAAAAAGGAUACGCCGGCUAACGGCCCGUCGAAGGGAGACCACAUGGAGGUCGAGGACGAGGAACUGUAGAUGUGCAUUUCUCGAGAAAAAAAAAUUAAUUUCCAACCUGAGGUUUUGAUCCUCGGUAUAAGUGUAUCAUAGGCGUUGGAAGGGCUAGCGGACCCGGUCUAGAGAGCCUGGAAAUGAACGGCUUACUUUACCGCUCGCUUUUGCAUACUAUGUGCUAGCGAGGUAUCACGAACAAGGGAAAUAUUAUCUCCCGUGCUAAUACCCAUCUUAGCUUUUUAC